AUAAUGCUUUGUGGGGACGUUGACAAGUGGAUCCAAGAUGGCGUAGAAAGUAAUGACAGGAAUUGGAUGAAGUAAUUGAUCACUAAUGAACUACAGUGCUGGUGAGAUGUGUCAGAAAUUAUAAAGAGCUCUGAUGGGCUAUUUGGGUGAUACCCAGCGCAGUGAACUGCAGUCUCCAGCUGUGUCUUCUCCUGGGUUUUUUAAUCCUCUUUCCAGAUGCUUUUAAGGGAUAAGAUAUUUCUACAUUUUUUGAUGUACCAAGACUCUCAAAAAUUGAAGGGGCUUAGACUUCUUCUAGGAUCCCUGGUCCAAAAGGAUUUUUGUCCCUGAGUCAUGGAAGACAGAAGAGCUGAGAAGUCAUGUGAACAAGCGUGUGAAUCACUUAAAAGGCAGGACUAUGAAAUGGCCCUCAAGCACUGCACAGAGGCCCUCCUUUCUCUAGGCCAGUACUCCAUGGCAGACUUCACAGGGCCAUGUCCACUGGAGACAGAACGCAUCAAAAUUGAGAGUCUUCUUUACAGAAUUGCCUCAUUUUUGCAACUGAAAAACUAUGGGCAAGCAGAUGAAGACUGUAGGCAUGUGUUGGGAGAAGGAUUGGCCAAGGGAGACGGUGCCUUUCGGGCAGUGCUUUGCUGCAUGCAGCUGAAAGGAAAGCUCCAACUUGUGUCCAGCAUUCUUGCCAAGUCACUGACAGGAGAGUCCCUGAAUGGGAUGGUAACAAAAGAUUUGACAAGACUAAAAACACUUCUCACAGAAACAGAGACAGCAACGAGUAACGUCCUCUCUGGAUAUCACAUGGAAGACUUAGAAGAGGGAUCUUGUAAUGGUUGGCAUUUCCGCCCACCACCUAGGGGAAUCACAAGCAGCGAGGAAUAUACUUUGUGUAAAAGAUUUUUAGAGCAAGGAAUCUGUAGGUAUGGUGCUCAGUGUACUUCAGCACAUUCCCAGGAAGAACUGGCAGAAUGGCAGAAAAGAUAUGCUUCACGGUUGAUAAAAUUGAAACAGCAAAAUGAGAAUAAACAGCUCUCAGGCAGUUACAUGGAAACGUUGAUAGAAAAGUGGAUGAAUUCAUUAUCUCCAGAGAAAGUGCUUAGUGAGUGUAUAGAAGGAGUAAAGGUAGAGCAUAAUCCUGAUCUGUCAGUUACUGUCAACACCAAAAAAUCUCAUCAGACGUGGACCUUUGCUCUCACUUGUAAGCCUGCAAGAAUGCUGUAUCGUGUAGCAUUGCUUUAUGAUGCUCAUCGUCCUCAUUUUAGUAUCAUUGCAAUAUCUGCCGGAGAUAGUACUACCCAGGUAUCGCAAGAAGUCCCAGAAAACUGUCAAGAGUGGAUAGGAGGAAAGAUGGCCCAAAAUGGAUUAGAUCAUUAUGUGUAUAAAGUCGGGAUAGCGUUUAACACAGAAAUAUUUGGAACUUUUCGCCAAACCAUAGUUUUCGACUUUGGAUUGGAACCAGUACUCAUGCAAAGAGUAAUGAUUGAUGCAGCUUCUACAGAAGAUCUUGAAUACCUGAUGCAUGCAAGACAACAGCUAGUAACCACAGCUAAGCGUUGGGAUUCUUCUUCUAAGACUAUUAUAGAUUUUGAGCCUAAUGAAACUACUGAUUUGGAGAAGAGCCUUCUUAUCAGAUACCAAAUUCCUCUUUCUGCUGACCAGCUAUUUACCCAGUCUGUUUUAGACAAAUCAUUGACCAAGAGCAACUAUCAGUCACGGUUGCAUGACCUUCUUUAUAUUGAAGAGAUAGCCCAGUAUAAAGAAGUCAGCAAGUUCAACCUUAAAGUGCAGUUGCAGAUUCUAGCAAGCUUCAUGCUCACUGGAGUUUCUGGAGGUGCAAAGUAUGCUCAGAAUGGACAACUUUUCGGCCGCUUUAAGCUUACUAAAACACUUUCGGAAGAUACUUUGGCUGGACGACUGGUGAUGACCAAAGUCAAUGCUGUUUAUUUAUUACCAGUCCCUAAAGAGAAGUUAGUACAGACCCAGGGAACCAAAGAGAAGGUUUAUGAAGCUACUAUUGAAGAAAAAACAAAAGAAUAUAUAUUUUUAAGGAUAUCCAGGGAAUGCUGUGAAGAACUUAAUCUUCGACCUGAUUGUGACACACAGGUUGAACUUCAGUUUCAAUUAAAUCGCUUACCCCUCUGUGAAAUGCAUUAUGCACUAGACAGGAUCAAGGACAAUGGGGUUUUGUUUCCAGACAUCACUAUGAAUCCCACUAUACCUUGGAGUCCCAACAGACAGUGGGAUGAGCAGUUGGAUCCUCGACUAAAUGCAAAACAGAAAGAGGCUGUUCUGGCUAUUACAACUCCACUUUCUAUACAACUGCCACCUGUUCUUAUCAUCGGACCCUAUGGGACAGGCAAAACGUUCACACUAGCUCAGGCUGUCAAGCAUAUACUCCAGCAACAGGAGACUAGCAGGAUUCUCAUUUGCACCCAUUCUAAUAGUGCUGCUGACCUCUACAUAAAGGAUUAUUUACAUCCAUAUGUAGAAGCAGGCAAUCCCCAGGCAAGACCUCUCAGGGUAUAUUUCAGAAAUCGCUGGGUAAAGACUGUCCACCCAGUUGUGCAUCAGUACUGUUUGAUCUCAAGCGCACAUUCCACCUUUCAGAUGCCACAGAAAGAAGAUAUUCUUAAACAUCGAGUGGUUGUUGUUACAUUGAAUACUUCCCAGUACCUCUGUCAGUUGGACCUUGAACCUGGGUUUUUUACACACAUUCUGUUAGAUGAAGCUGCACAGGCCAUGGAGUGUGAAACCAUUAUGCCUCUAGCAUUAGCAACUACAAACACUCGGAUUGUCCUGGCUGGAGACCACAUGCAGCUCAGUCCUUUUGUUUACAGCGAGUUUGCUAGGGAGAGAAACCUUCACGUCUCAUUACUUGAUCGACUCUACGAACACUACCCUGCUGAGUUUCCCUGUAGGAUCCUCCUCUGUGAGAACUACCGCUCGCAUGAAGCUAUCAUCAACUACACUUCUGAGCUUUUCUAUGAAGGCAAACUGAUGGCCAGUGGAAAGCAGCCAGCACACAAGGAUUUCUACCCACUGACUUUCUUCACAGCACGAGGGGAAGAUGUACAAGAAAAAAAUAGCACAGCUUUUUAUAAUAAUGCAGAGGUAUUUGAAGUGGUGGAACGUGUAGAAGAGUUAAGAAGGAAGUGGCCAGUAGCAUGGGGGAAAUUAGAUGAUGGCAGUAUUGGUGUGGUGACUCCGUAUGCUGAUCAAGUGUUUAGGAUACGUGCUGAACUUCGGAAAAAGAGAUUAUCCGAUGUUAAUGUAGAAAGGGUGCUAAAUGUUCAAGGAAAGCAAUUCAGAGUUUUGUUUCUUAGCACAGUACGUACAAGGCAUACUUGUAAACAUAAACAGACACCAAUUAAAAAGAAAGAGCAACUGCUGGAAGAUUCCACGGAGGACUUAGACUAUGGUUUUUUAUCUAACUACAAGCUUCUCAACACUGCCAUCACCAGAGCACAAUCCCUAGUUGCUGUAGUGGGUGAUCCCAUUGCUUUGUGCUCUAUUGGAAGAUGCAGGAAAUUUUGGGAGCGGUUUAUUGCCCUGUGUCAUGAAAAUAAUAGCCUACAUGGAAUCACUUUUGAACAGAUUAAGGCUCAGUUAGAGGCUUUAGAACUAAAGAAGACAUAUGUGUUGAAUCCACUGGCACCUGAAUUUAUUCCCCGUGCUCUAAGACUGCAGCAUACAGGAAAUACCAGCAAACAACAGCAAUCACCACCCAAGGGGAAAGUCCUUCACCAUACCCAGAAUGAUCAUUUCCAGAAUGAUGGAAUUGUUCAGCCCAAUCCUUCCGUACUUAUUGGCAAUCCUAUUAGAGCAUAUACUCCUCCACCCACUCUUGGACCUCCCCCAAAUUUGGGAAAAUCUCCAAGCCCUGUUCAAAGAAUAGACCCUCACUCUGGGACAAGUAUUCUUUAUGUACCUGCUGUCUAUGGAGGGAACGUAGUUAUGUCGGUGCCUUUACCUGUACCAUGGACAGGAUACCAGGGAAGGUUUGCAGUUGAUCCUCGAAUCAUUACACACCAGGCAGCGAUGGCCUAUAAUAUGAACCUGUUACAGACACAUGGACGGGGGUCUCCUAUACCGUAUGGCCUUGGACAUCACCCGCCUGUCAGCAUAGGGCAGCCACAAAAUCAGCAUCAGGAGAAGGAUCAACAUGAGCAAAAUCGAAAUGGUAAAACUGAUACAAAUAAUCUUGGGCCUGAAAUUAAUAAGAUUCGAACACCAGAGAAAAAGCCUACAGAACCAAAACAGGUUGAUUUGGAAUCAAAUCCACACAACAGAAGUCCUGAAUCACGUCCUGGAGGUGUUUAUCCCAGUACCAAAUUUCAUCGCAAAGAUAAUCUCAACCCAAGACACAUAAAUCUUCCUCUUCCUGCUCCCCAUGCACAGUAUGCAAUUCCUAACCGCCAUUUUCAUCCCCUUCCCCAGCUACCAAGACCACCAUUUCCAAUUCCGCAGCAGCACAGUUUGUUAAAUCAGCAGCAGAAUAAUUUGCCUGAGCAACCAAAUCAGAUGCCACCCCAGCCAAAUCACGUAGUCCAGCAGCAGAAUCAGCUGAAUCAGCAGACUCAGCAGCCACCACCUCAACUCUCUCCUGCAUACCAGCCAGGGCCCAACAAUGCUUUUUUUAAUAAUGCAGUUUCUCAUCGACCACAGUCUCCUGCCGAGGCUGCGAUUCCUGAACAGCAGCCCCCACCCAUGCUGCAAGAAGGCCACAGUCCCCUAAGAGCCAUUGCACAGCCCAGCCCCGUUCUUCCUUCACAUCUGAAUAAUUUCAUGGAUGAGAACUCCUCGGGAUUACCUACAGGGGAGGCUUUAGAUCGUAUACAUGGGAGUGUAGCUCUGGAAACAUUAAGGCAGCAGCAAGCACGGUUACAGCAGUGGAACGAGCAUAAUGCUUAUCUCAGUCAGGGCAGUAUUCCAUAUCCACACCAUCACCAUCACCUCCAGCAUCUCCCUCAGCCACCCAUUGGAUUCCAUCCACCGCCAGUGAGAGCAGACUGGAAGCUCACCAGCAGUGCCGGAGAUGAAGCAGAAACAACAUACUCAAGGUUUCAAGACUUAAUCAGAGAACUGUCUAAUCGUGAUCAAAGUGAAACACGGGAACUAGCUGAAAUGCCACCACCUCAAUCAAGACUUUUGCAAUAUAGACAAGUUCAGACUAGGAGCCCUCCAGCAGUCCCAUCACCCCCAUCCAAUUCAGACCACAGUAGCCACUUUUGUAACUUUAAUGACAACAACAGAGACGUUGAAGUAGCCAGCAACGCAGCAGCAUUUCCGCAGCGCCUACCACCCCAGAUAUUCAGCUCACCUUUCUCUUUGCCAUCUGAACACAUUGCUCCUCCUCCCUUGAAGUACCUGGCACCUGAUGGAGCAUGGACUUUUGCUAACUUACAACAGAAUCAUCUAAUGGGGCCGGGCUUUCCCUAUGGCCUACCUCCAUUGCCUCACAGGCCACCACAAAACCCUUUUGUGCAAAUACAGAAUCAUCAACAUGCUGUUGGUCAAGAGCCAUUUCACCCAUUAUCAUCUCGAACAGUAUCUUCUUCUUCGCUCCCUAGCUUAGAAGAGUAUGAACCCAGAGGACCUGGUCGGCCCUUGUACCAAAGAAGAAUCUCAUCCAGCUCAGUACAGCCUUGUUCUGAAGAAGUAAGCGCUCCUCAAGACAGUCUUGCUCAGUGUAAAGAGCUUCAGGACCAUAAUCACCAAUCUUCUUUCAACUUUUCAUCCCCGGAGUCCUGGGUAAACACCACCUCAUCUGCCCCCUACCAGAACAUUCCGUGCAAUGGACCCAGCAGGACAGCCCAGCCCAGAGAGUUGAUAGCUCCUCCCAAGACUGUCAAACCCCCUGAGGAUCAGCUGAAGUCUGAAAACCUGGAGUUGUCCAGUUCCUUCAAUUAUAACGUGCUGCAGCAUCUUGGCCAGUUCCCACCCCUCAUGCCCAACAAGCAGAUCGCGGAGUCUGCCAGCAGCAGUAGCCAGCAGAGCUCUGUGGGGAGCAAGCCCGCCAUGUCUUAUGCCAGCGCUCUGCGGGCCCCUCCCAAGCCCAGACCCCCACCUGAGCAGACUAAGAAGAGUAGCGACCCUCUGUCUCUGUUCCAGGAACUUAGCCUGGGCAGCGCUUCGGGCGGCAAUGGCUUUUACUCCUAUUUUAAAUAAUCACUUUUUUCCUCCAGGGAGAAUGUUUUAAUUUCUGUUUGUAUCGAUAGAAUUAAGAUAGUUGGACUUCACCUAUAGAUGCACAGUUCCCUUUGUUUUUAAUAUUAAAUAUGUUCUCACUUAAUUGCUUUGCUGCUAGACUUGCAACUAAUUUUUUAAAAGUAUAUGCCAUUAUUUUGCAUUUUUGAUGUGUCAGAAUUUUGACAGCUUUUAUGUAGAAUAAAAAAUAUUUUUAAAUUUGUGUAUUGUUAGAUACGUUUGCAUCAAGCUAGCAGCUAAGAGGUUAAUUGUGCAACUAUAAAGAAAAAAAAGAAAAAAGUUUGUCUAAAAUGUAUUUAAAAAGAAAAAAAAAACUGUAAGUAGCAUUUACAUUUAUUCAAUAAUAUUACCAUAUGCUGGGUUUCUGUACCAGAAAUGACCAGUUGAUGUACAAAUGUAUGUUAUUUUUGCUUAAAUUCAUUUAAAAUUUUUUAAAAUAAAGGGGCAGCAUCUUAAAAAUACUUUUAAGUUUUAUCAACCUUUUUUUUUGUGACAGGAUGCUGCAUUCUAAAACUUUUAUAGUUUUAGAUUACGUAUGAUGUGCUGUUGAAAUCUCCAUCCACCACAGGAUAGAGUGAAAGGCAUUCUUUGCAGGUGUAUUUAGUAUGCCACUGUUUUUUGAAAAGUGAAAAAACAUCGGCAUACUUAUUUUGUUUCUUGGACAAGCUACACUUCAAGCUUGUUUUUAAUGUUAAUUUGAUAGUGUUUUUUUGUUUUUAAACAAAUCAUGAAACUGAAAAAUUUUUAGGAUUGUUGGUGCUUAGUAGACUUGAUAACUAUUUUAAAAAUGAGUGAAUUUAGUAAAAUCCUUUUUACCCCCUUACUAUGCAUGUGUAAAUGUUUGUAAUCUGGCUUCUUCCCCCUUCUCUAGUGGUAUAAAGACUUGUGCCGCUUUAAGGUUUGUUUUUUUCCCUCAGUAAAAAUUUUGGUACCUUAUUUGAUGUUUACAUUAAAAUGCAACAUUAUACAUGGAAAUUCAAAUAUUUUGCUAACUGUUUUGUUUAAGGAACAUCAUUAAAGAAGAAAUACAAUGUUUGUCAAAGAUGUAUCAAAAUUCAUCUAGGGUAGAAAACUACCCUUGUUUUCCAUGUCUUUCAGUUCUUCUAAAGUAACCCCAAUGAACUUGUACAAAAAAUACAAAAUUUAAAUAGCUAUCUUAAAUAGUCUACAGUCUACAAAUUGUUUUGAAUGAACUUUGGUAAAAUCCAAAGGAAAACAUUCACCCUCUUAAAACUUGUGGUCUUGUAAUAUUUUUGAAGCGAUGCAUGUCCUUAUCAUCUUUCCUGAACUAGCAGUACUACUUUUAUACUUCCAAGAGAUCUUGAAACUGUAACUUUUUUUUUUUUUUUUAAAUAAGACGAGUCUGCAAAUGAACCCAACCUUCCUGGCGAUCCAUUCAAAAUUCUUUUUUUUGAAGGACGACUUUUAAUAGGCCAUCCUAUGUUAGAAGAAGUACAUUUUUAUCUGGAGUUUAGUUUAUGUUGGCCAGCUAUAACACCCUGUAGCCCUCAGACUAUUUAGGAUGAGAGAGUGCCUUUUGUGAAAGGUUCAUAAGCUACAGGACGAAAGAGGAGUGCCACCUUCCUUCAGCUCUGUCAUUUUGCUCAAGAGUGCAGUUCAUUUGUAUGUGGCUUCCCAUUACAGGCUGCGGGUGUCUGUGUGAGCUGACAGAUGUUGACCUGUAGAGUGCAGACGUGCUAAUGCUUAGUAUAAAUCACAGUCGGAAAACUGAGCCAGCAAAUUCCACCACCACAUUUUCUUUGUAUGAUGUCAGAUCACCACAUUUAGCUAUGUCCAGUUUUGCUCAGCAUACUUUAGUCAGAAGAGAAGAAGAAAACAAUUUGCCUUAUAGUUCUGUCCUUCCAACUCUUUAAGGAAACUCAAGGCAUAGCCCACAUGAAAAUUAGGAGUGCCUGAUAUGAGGAUGCCUAUGAAAAAUAAUUUCCUGGGUGGUGAUGAUUUCUCCUCCAGAGUAUACAGGACUGCAGCACAGGCUCAGUAAAUGUUCAGAGGCAUUUCGAUAACGUGAAGACAGAACUGUAAUGUCAGGACUUUCAGUGAACCCGUCAUCAUGAAAUCAUUGCCUAAUUUUCUAUACUUGAACCUUUAAAAAAACAUCAGUUUUUAAAUUAUUUGUAUUUAGUUAAGGGCUUCAUGUGCAAACCCUUAUAUAAAUAUAUCAAUCAUGGAAGCUUUGGUUAAAGAAGCUGUUAAGUUGUUGUGACAUCCCCAUUCUAAGCAGUUAUUUCCAAAAAAUUAAAAAUAAUGGUUGCUUAUUAGUUCACUACUCUGCUGUAAGCGUCCAGAUGUCCCUCGUGUCUUUAUUAUUUCUACAGCCAGCCAAGGAUUUGAAUGUUGUUUCCAUCUGAUACUCUAUAGAUUCUGCACUGAAUGCUUAUUUUAACCUCUAACAAGCUUACUUUCCUCAUCAUUGUUUUAUGCCAUCUUUCCAACCGUGCUUUAAAGAAUCUGUUAUUUACCCGUAGUAUCUUGUAAUGGUUUUGAGCAAGUCUUACUGUAAGAAUCAUUGCAAGUUUCCGUUGAAAUGAGGCAUGGCUACUGAAGACAGUUGAUGAUGUUUGGGUAUUAUUUGGGUAGUAUUAGCAAGCACUCAAAAAUUAGACUUAUAAAACGUAACUUACUUUGUAUACUAUUCAACUUUAGUGCUCAGAUGGAACUCCUGUAUGUAUAUAUAUAUUUUUUAGAAAACUUGAUGAUAGCCCUCUGAUAAUACCAAGUAUUACCAAGUUCAUUUUCUUCCCUAACAGAUUUCUUCUAAGUGAGGUUAAUUAUUCACACGCUGUCUUUGUUCUUCGUAUCUUUUUAUCACUUUGUAUCACUCUGAAGUUUCCUUUUUCUUGCCAGAAACAUUGUUUAUUCAUUUCACUUUUUAAUUUCAGUGCUACUUGAGAUUUUCCUUUUUUACCUUAAAGAAAUUAUUUUUGGUGAUAGAGUUUGUAAAGUAGAAUAUUUAUCCUUUUUUUUUUUUUCCUGAUCUGAAAAUGAACUGUUGUUAAAAUUUGAAGAGCCUCAUUCAGUUUAACGUGGGUACUUUCUGGUGUGUUUUUAGAAGUUUUGGUUGGCAUUUGGGCAUAUGCUUUGCCAAAUUGUUAUAGCAGAGCUUUGUUUUGUUUAAUCAGUAGUUAAUUAUUGAUCAUUUAAACUAGUAUGACCUUAAUUUUCCUUUUCUCACACAGAUAUGCUUCCUAUCCAGGUCAUUUUGUAUAUAACAAACUGCUUUGUGUGGUUUUUCUCAUCAGAGUUUCAGAUUCCGUGUAAACAUCAACUCGUCUUUUCAGUUGAAAGAAUUGCGGAAUAAGUCAAAUAAGCAGAAUUCCCACUAUAUAAGCAUCACCUAAUUAAACCCAGCAAGCUCAAAGACUGAUUUAUGAAAAUAGUUUCCUUGUUUAUGGAAGCAUUAAAGUGACUGAGAAAGCUAACUGCAUUUCCUAACUUUGGGAUAAUUAAUACAUAGUCUCUUGUUGCUCUAGUAUAGUUGAUUUUACGUGUUUAAUAUUUAAUAUUUUUCAUGUACAUGCAUCUUGAGAGCAAAGCUAUAAACAUAUGAGAAUGUAUCUGUAGCCGCCUUGGCCCAUGGAGGGCCAGGGAGUGAAAAACAAUUUCAAGGUAAAUCUUCACAUUUUAACUAUCGUUAUUAAGAAAAUGAGAUUCACCAAUUUUAGUCAUUUAAAAAUAGACACCUGUUACCCUUAGCAUUGUUUCAUAUUGGAGUUGUUUUUAAAAAGGGAAUCCCGGUAAAACUAUAAAAUACAAGGUGAAAACUUUAAAUAUAUUGAAAGUUACAAAUCGCUGCCUUAAAAUGUUAUUUAGGCUAGCCAUUCGGUUUUUUUUUCUUCCAGCUCCUCAAAGGUAGUAAUUUGCCUUCGCUGAUUUACCAGACAUUAUCACUUGCUAACCAUCCCCUUGGACUCAAACAUAGUGAUGAUUGUGUGGAUGGCGCAGGAUCAGGCGGUGUUUCAUUCUGUUGCUCAUAGGGUCGCUGUGAGUCAGAAUCGACUCAAUGGCUCCUAACAACAACAACCAGCCCCUUAACAUAUGCAAACCCUCAAUUUCUACUACCACUCUGUAUAGUCUUCCUGCAUCUCGAAGUAAAUGUUCUAAUGGAUCUGAUUUUUCUUUCCCCUCUUUGCCAUCAGAAAUUAGAAAAUGCAUAGCAUUGUAACUAUGAUUUCUUGUUCAAAAUAUCACUUAGCAGUGCCCAUCACAUAUUAUAAAGGUAUCAUCAAGAAGGAGUAGGUGGAUGAUAGUCUUCAAAGUGAUCAUUAUGAUGGACUCCUCACAUUUCCCAUCUACUUGAGAUUGGGUAUUUAUUUGCUGAGAUUUUACUGUAAAGCUGCUAAAUUCACACUUAAUCCUUUCAUACCUGUUUAAUUAGCAAUUUUGAGACCAGUGUUACAAGGAGUAACUCUGAUGUUUAACAUUCUUAUUAAAACACAUUUGGGAAAUGGUGUUAUUACUUUAAACUAGAAUAUGAGAUUAAACAGAUUAAAUAUAAAAAAUAAUUCUAAUAUAACCUUUAAAUUCUUUGAGCUGAUUGAAAAUAUCUGCUUUGGAGUGAACUUUAAGCAAGAAGAGUCACUCAUGUGAGUUUCUACAGCUUUUUUGAAGUGAAGUACCUAACAGAAUAAUCUAGACUUAGAAAUGUGAACUGUGCUUAGAUCCUAAACCCACUUAGACAGUGCUAGUCUGAAGCUUCUGAAACGGGGGUGUUAUGAAGUUCCAGAGGCAUUCGUAUAGUUUUGGUAAUCAGAGAGUUAGAUCAGACUUUAUUUGCAAUUUGUUCAAUAGAAAUUUUAUUUUGAUACAAAUAUUAAGCAUAAAACAUAGUAUGUUUUAUAUAAUUCUAUGAGUUCAUUAAACAAUAUUAUGGAAUUUUCAUUAUGUUCUUGGGGAGUCUUUUUAGACAUUUUUUGCACCUCAUGUAUGAGGUCUCUUCUGUAUUUUAUUUUAUAUACUAGCAUGUGACUGCCUGCCUUAGAACUCUGUAUAGGAGGGGAAAUCAAUAUUACCUUUAAAAAAUAUCUGAUUUUAUAAAAUAAUUUUUUUCAUGAAGACUUUUAAUAUUUGAGAAGUAAAGGCAGAGGGGUGGCAGAUUACAUAGGUUUCAAAUAGUGUAGCCAGUCACACAGUAGGGAAUGAAGGUCAAGUUAUCUAUUUACAAAUCUGUCCUGUUUUAAGGUUUUAGAAUUGGGACCAGUAUAGAGCAGUGGUUCUCAACCUUGAGCGAGCAUCGGAAUUACCACACAGUCUUGUUAAAAUACAGACUGCUGCCCCCCACCUUCGGAGUUUCUCAUUCUAGAGCCUGAGAAUUUGCAUAUCGAACUAGUUCUCAGGCGAUGCUGAUGCUGCUUGGUCCAGGAGCCACGCUUUGAGAGCCACUGGUGGAGAGAACGUCUGAAGGUCUUUUCAACCAUCCGUAUUUCCAUAAUUGUGAUGCCGUGAGUGGCACAUUCAUGCCACCCCCACCUCCCUCUUGUUUAGGGCCUCUGCCACCCCUCCACAUGAGGGUGCAGGAGCGCUUUCAUCUCUAGGGUGAGCCUGGUUUUGUGUACACUGCUGCCUGGGCUUUGGUCUGGAAUUGUGUGUAUUUGUAUGACGUGCUUAGAGUCAAUCUUGAUGAUCCACACACGGAGACAUUGUGGAAGGAAUCAUCAGAAUGAGAAGGCACUUGGCGUUUACAGAGGCACUAAGUACAGGGGGCACGGUACUAGGAUGGCAGGAACAAGAUCAUGGAAAACAGUAGGCAACCCCCAAAUAAUGUAUUUGUAGUUUUUAUGGGUUUUUUUUGGGGGGGGAGGGGGUGGUGACUGCAAAUGAUUUGCUUUUCAAAUUAUGUGUUUCUCAGGUUAACAAUAACGUUAUUUUGGAUCCUCUGCUGUGCCAGCAGGUGUGAGAGGACCCUUAAGUGUUGUAUAUGGCAGAAAAUGGGUAAUUGUCUCUGAUUACUUUGCUCCCUUUAAAAUAUGUAUGUUUGCAAAACAGUCUAGGGGAGUCUACCACCUACACAGUAUGAGUUAUUCAUAAAUCAUAGGUGCACAUGUAUGAGCAAGUUAGUUGUUUUUGAGAAAGAAACUACCUGUAAUGUAAUCACUCUGACUGGUCUUUGGCUAUUUUAAAAUUUGUGUGUUGUCGUCCUUAUUGUUAAUAUUGACCCUGGACUGCAGCUUGGGGAAUAUUGGGCUCUGCCUCUGGUUUUUAGUUUGGCUUCGAACUUGCUGAGAAACUGGAGAAAAAAAAUUUAAAAAGAAUAUAUUUGUAAGGUAAUAGGAUAUAGAAUGACCUAGACAUACAAGUAAACAUGGCGACCGUUCUAGAAUGCACUGCUGUGGAAUUCUUAAAGCGCAGUACUCCCUACUUGAAAAGCUUUGGUGGGAUUGUUUAAAUGUUGAGCAGAGGUUCCUUUAUCCAGUUCCAGCUUCCAGGGACCUUCAGUUUCUUUACAUUUUGCUUUGCAUGAUGCCUUGUGUGAGACCUCUUUAUCUUUCAAUAGGUCAGAGGGUUCUUUGUCCAGGGUACCGUCCCAAUGUGUCAGUUACACCUGAGAAUGUUCUCAGCCCCUCCCACAGAGAGGAUUUUCCUAUAUCCAGACCAUGCCUGCUUUCUAUAAAUCCAUGUAUAUGACAUUGUACUGUAUCCGCUUUCUGUGCCAGUCAUCCAACUUGAUUCUUUGAAACCCAUGAAGGUACUGGUUAUACCUUAGUAGUAGUGGUAUCCUCGGUAAAUCUGGUGAUUAAAAUACCUCUCUUUAAAUUAUAAACUUAAUGGGUUUUGCAUUUCAUUAGGGGUCCUGUGAUUAGUGAUGCAGGGAUUGUUUUGUUUUUUUGUAAUGCUUCAAAAAUGUAGUUCUUCCCUAAACUUGUUCAGCUAACUUUGUAUGAUUAGUUUGUUAACAGAUUCAUACUGGGUCUUGCUUUGAAAAGUCUAAGGGAGGCUAGCUGUAUAGAACCGAGGCAGCCAGUUUCCGUCUCUCACAUGAAAAGUACCAGUUGUGCAGCCAUCUAAUUAAGCUUAAUUUAUGGCAAAAUUAUCACAAAAUUAUUUUUUUCUUUGUGGUUAAUGAUACCUCAUCUGUGAGGUCCUAAUAUCUAAAGAAUUUAUUCUUGAAAAUGUAAGUGACUUUGUACCAUAAAAUGACCCCAAAGCCACUCCCUAGGGUUUUGGGGGAUUUUUCUUUUCUUUUUUUCUAAACUUAGUUUUUCAAUUCUUUUAGCCACUUUGGUUUCAAUUUGGGGUCUACAGUUCGUACAGUGUGAUCAUUGUCUCAGUGAAGUUCUUUUGUUUGAAAAGAUUCAUGGUAACACAAAAUGUAUUUUACUGCUACAACUAAAAUGUAUUUAUAAUAAAAUGCCUUUUUAAUAAUUUGGAGAUGUGUUUAUUAUGUGUAAGCCACAGCUUUCUGCUUCCUUUUAGGAUCAAAGAUUUUGACAGAAGUUGAGCACAGCACUUUGAUUUUAGUCAUAAUAUUAAUAGGUACUAGGCAACAACCAGCUGAUGUCACUGAGAACUCACCAUUGGUUUAUAAAGUUGUAACUCCAGUUUCCGUAAAUGAGGGACUGACUUACUUCAGCAGUAGCAAAGGCUUAAACGCUUUUAAAGUGUUACCUGAAAGUUCCAAGAUCAUCAGUGCUCAGUGAGAAAGUGAGCCCUUUUCAAAUUGUCAUCCAACAUGGAUCUUAGGAAUUAAAAAGAAAAUUACCAGGAAUUACUCUUAACAAGUCACUUACUUAAUGCUGGGCUUGUAUGGCCCAGAAUUUAUUCCAGAAGUCAUAAACCCUCGUGUAGAUCAGUAUAUUAUGUGAGUGUAACAAAGCACUUUACAGUGGUAGUGACAAGCGUUAAUUCAACUAUCCAAAAAAAAAAAAGGCUGACCGUGCACAAAAUUGCCCUGAGCCAGGGUCUUGUUUUUGUUGGGAAAGUAAUGCUUUGCAUCUGCCAUGAUGUGCUUUUGAAAAGCAGUAGCAGGUCACAGAAUGCUUUGUGUGCCCUAACUUUUUAUUUUUAACAGCCCAUUAAUGUGGCAUCAUAAAUCUAGCUUGAGUACAUGCCAUGCUUAAAGUUUAGAAAUGUGAGUAGAUAGGACAGUCAGCCUUUCGCAAGGACAAUUUAUAAUUCUUAGUGCAGUGAAUCAGUUUUUGAACUAGAUAGCUUGUUUUCUUUGAGUUGAAUUGAUAGGACACAAAUCUCUGAAUUUUGGAAAGAGAAGCACUUCUUUACAUAUAAAUCAAAUGGACUUGAAGGGCCCCUUGGACUGCUGUCUGCGCCAGAUGAAGUAACCCAAGGCUCCAUCAUCAGUAGGAAAGUUUACAAAUAUGAUUCUCCCAGGUGUUAACUCCUAGACCAUAUUGGUGUCCUCUGAAACAUUUUUCUGAGAAUAUAUUAGUGAAAAUGUUGGUGGAAACUCAGGUGUGGAG